AUGCGGCCAAAUGAAACGUGGCAUCAGUCCAUGAAGUCAGCUCCCAAAUGCCCUAGUAUGGCCGCGAGCGGGGUGGGUUCGCCCUUCCCCUCGAAAUACUCUCAUACGGCCACGCUUAUACAGCCUCUGCCAGGGAAGUCCUACUCACUGUCUUCUCGUGGCGGGGGUGUUGUUUACGAAAAUGAGAUGAAAAGCGAAUGCCCG